AUGGCUGAGAGUUGGACGACAGCUGGGGCCGUGCCAGCCCACGCCGUCGCCAUCACUGGUAUGGCUUGCAAGUUCCCCGGGGCCGACUCCGUGGACGACUACUGGAAGCUGCUGGACGAGGGACGGUCCAUGGUGACGAAGGUCCCUGCCGGCCGCUUUGCCACGGAGGAGCACUGGCGCAGCAAUGACAAAUCUGUCUUUACGGGCAACUUUGUCAACGAUCUCGACGCGUUUGACCACAAGUUCUUCGGAAGGUCAAGCCGAGAGGCCGCCACCAUGGAUCCCGGGCAGCGACUGCUACUCGAGACGGCUUAUCAGGCCCUCGAGUCGUCUGGUUUCUUCCGCGGCGUCGAACAGGACCGCGAUGUUGGAUGCUUCAUUGGUGCCUGUCUCUCAGAUUACAACGACAAUGUGGCCAGUCACCCUCCGAAUGCUUUCUCCGCUCUUGGAUCGCUGAGAGCCUUCCUCCCAGGAAGAAUCAGUCACUUUUUCGGCCUUACUGGACCGGCCAUCAGCUUCGACACGGCUUGUUCAUCCUCGGCUGUCGCCAUUGACGCUGCUAUUAAGGCUCUGAGAGCCGGUGACUGCACAAGCGCCAUUGCUGGUGGCGUCUCGGUCUUUACCAGCCCUCACAUUUUCCAGAACCUGGCGGGCGCCUCUUUCCUGAGCCCUACAGGCGCCACCAAGUCUUUUGACGAACUCGCUGAUGGAUACAGCCGUGGCGAGGGUGUCGGUCUCGUCGUCCUCAAGACCCUCUCCCAAGCCGUUGCCGAUGGCGAUCACAUUUUGGGCACAAUUCUGUCGACUGCAGUAAAGCAGAACAGCAACCUGGUUCCUAUUACAGUUCCAUACAGUCCAUCUCAAGUCGCACUCUACGGAAGAGUCCUGGAGCGCGCCGGCGUCAAUGCCGAUGAUAUCACAUACCUCGAGGCUCACGGAACCGGCACCCCCAUUGGAGACCCCGAAGAGUUCAAAGCUAUCAAGGAGAUUUUUGACACUCCUACAAGAACACAAAAACUUCACUUUGCGUCUGUAAAGGGUAACAUUGGCCAUUCCGAGGCCGCCUCUGGUGUCGCGGGUCUCAUCAAGACUCUUCUCAUGAUGCAGCACCGCGCCAUCCCACGCCAGGCCAGCUUCAAAGUGCUCAACUCCAAGAUUGAUCUGUGCGACGGACGGCUCAGUAUUCCUACAGAGACCGUUCCCUGGCAUGGCAAGCCCCUUAUUGCCUGCAUAAGCAACCACGGAGCUGCUGGAAGUACCUCAGCUAUGGUCGUUAGAGAGCCCUUUGCCGCCCUGGCCGCUCCGACACACAAGUCUCACUCUACCAAAUUCCCCAUCAUUGUGUCUGGCAACUGUGCUCUCAGUCUUCGACGUAAUUGUGCCGCGCUACGCGAGUAUCUCACAACUUCUGAUGCUCUGAAUAAGGGUGCCGGCUUGGCCGAUAUCGCCUUCAACCUGAGCGAGAAGCAGAACCGCGACUUGUCCCACAUUUUCUCGGUAGCAGUGACAGACUCAUCAGAUCUGUAUAAAAAACUUGAUCUGCUAGGCCAAGACCUCUCCUCCCCCAAUCCCGAGGCAAAGCCCGUGGUCCUCGUCUUUGGUGGCCAGCAGAGAAAGACAGUCACCAUUGACCGAGACGUUUACGACAGCUGCAAGUUGCUUCGUAAGCAUCUGGACGAAUGCGAUCGCAUCCUUCAUGAGUUCGGCCACCAAAGGAUUAUUCCUGGCAUAUUCGAGUCUGGAUUCCAUACUGAUGCCGUCUACCUCCAGACUGCCCAGUUUGCCAUCCAAUACGCUACUGCCAUGACAUGGUUGGACUGCGGUCUCAAGAUUGAGUGUGUGAUUGGUCACUCCCUUGGCCAACUUGCUGCCCUGGUCGUCUCUGGUGUCCUUUCACUCUAUGAUGGUCUCAAGCUUGUUUAUCACAGAGCCUUGCUGAUCAGGGACCAGUGGGGCCCCGAGACUGGUGCCAUGCUUGCCGUCUUUGCCGAUCUCGAGGAGACUCGUGCGCUGAUUGCUUCUAUCAAGAAGAUUGACCCCACAACAGACAUUAGCAUUGCUUGCUACAAUGGCCCCUCCAACCAUGUGCUGGCUGGAUCCAGGUCGGAGAUCGAACUUGUCGUUGAUGUGAUCAACAGGUCGAGAUCUAUGAAAUACGUUGUCUUGGACACUACUCACGGAUUUCAUUCGAGACUGGCUGACCCCAUCCUCCACAAACUCAGACACAUUGCUUCCGGCUUGACGUAUCAUCCUCCUGCGAUCCACAUUGAGCUAUGCUCGGAGAAUGAAGAGUCUGCAAUGAAUAUUAAUGCUACUGCAAUUGCUGAGCACACUCGCCAGCCCGUCUACUUUGAUCACUCUAUCAAGCGCAUUGAAAGACGCUACGGCCACUGCACGUGGAUUGAGGGUGGUUCCGACACCUCCAUCAUGAGCAUGCUUCAGCGCUGCCUGCCUGCCAAGACUCACGGCGGCCAUGACUUCCGACCCGUGUCUGUGAGCCGUUUCGACUCUCUGGGCCUGUUGGCGGAAACCAUUGCGCAUCUCUGGAGCCGCAGACACCACGUCCAAUUCUGGCCAUUUGCCAGAUGCCAGAGAGGCGAGUACCGCGCUCUGAACUUGCCGCCAUACUCUUUUGAGAAGACCAAGCACUGGCUCGACUUCAAGCUCCUCGUCGACAGCGGCGUCAAAGAAGUUGUCAAGGAAGUUGUCAAGGAGGUGGUCGUCUUCAAGGAAAAUGUCAAGAAGCAUCAUCACCUUCUCAUGUUUGCCGGCUUCCAAGACGCAUCCGAGUUGACCGCCGUUUACAAUAUUGAUCCCCGCUCCGAGGAAUGGCAGACCCUGUGCGGCGGUCACUCCCUUCUCAACACCCCUCUCUGUCCUGCUGCUCUGUACGUUGAGCUGAUUCUACGUGCAACCAAGAACAUCGUCGAGGUCAAGAAGGGAGUGUCUUCGUUCCGCGUGCAGUUGGAGACACUCGAGAUCCAGGCUGCUCUGGGCAUCAAUCCUCGUAGAAGAGCAAUCAAGCUCUACCUGACCCAAGCAGAUGGCGCUGGCAACAAAUGGAACAUUGCUCUUCGAUCCGAACCCGAAGACAUUCUCGAGACGAUUACUACACAUGCUAUCGCCAAGACUGAAGUGGUCAUGGGCGACGACAUGGAUACCACUGUCGAGUUGGCUCGCUUUGGCAAGCUUCUCCAGCGGGGCUCCUUUGACGCAUCCACUUGGAACGCAGUCGACAGAAUCCACGGUCCGGUCAUCUACCAAAUCUUCUCCAAGGUUGUCCAGUACCACGACUACUUCCACGGCGUUCACGACCUUUCCUUCAAGAACCAUAUCAUCGUUGCCGAAGUGUUCCUUCCCAAGGACCAGCCCAUCAUUACCUCGGAACUGCUGCACAACCCGGUUGCCAUCGACACCUUCCUCCAGGUGCCUGGUCUGUACCUGAACUGCCUUUCCUCCUGCAAGCCUGGCAGUGCCUACAUCAACACCACCCUCGAGCGCCUUCGCAUUGCCCCCGACUUUGAGUACAAGCCCCGAGGUCCAUGGAAGGUUAUUGCCCUUCCUGGCGAUAUUGACGAGUCCGGCCAUGGAAGCUUUGAUAUCUUUGUUACCGAUCCCAAGAUGAAGUCACUCGUCGUGGCUGCCUUUACUGCUCGCUUCCGCAUGGUAUCCAUUUCUUCUUUGACCAAGAGCUUGUCUCAUGCCUCCGAAUACUCGCAAGCGCUUCUUCCCGCCGCACGCGAGACCGAGUACACCACCCAGCUAGUUGAGCGAACCUCCCAUAUUGCUCCGAGCGUCGUUGAGCGAGUUUCCCACGUUGCCCCGAGCAUUGUGGCAAGUGAUUCGUGCAAUCUGCGCGAGUCCCGAUUGGAGAGAGCCUGGGUCGAGGAAAAGCUCAGUGAAAUCCUCCGCAAGGUGGCAGAUGUCCCUGUAGAGCUCUUCCGCACCAAUGCUUCACUUGAGGAGCUUGGUAUUGACUCCCUGAUGUGGACUGAGGUUGUGACCGAGGCUGAGAAGACUUUUGGCUUCACUAUUCCUCGCUCUGAGCUGCAAAAGGUGCAGACAGUGUAUGAGCUGUGCGAUUACAUUCAGUACCGCGAUGUUCACGUGACCUCCGUCCCAGCAAGAACCCUGAGCGUCAAGCAUUCACUGCCCCGAAUUACGACAUCCCGUGCUGAAUUCGUCGAAACACCUCUGCUUUCCAGCCGUUCCGAAAUCAUCACCACUACCAGGCACACUCACACCCUUGAGCACAUUCUACGUGACCUUGCUGAGAUCCUAUGCAACCAUGCUUCCGACUUUGUCCCUAGCGACAUCCGCAUCACCACCAACCUGAACGACCUCGCCCUGGACUCGCUCCUUGCCAUCGAGUUCCUCGAUGACGUAAAGGCCAAAUUUGGUGUCACUAUUGACAUUGGAUCUUUCAGCAGGAUGACCGAAGUUGGCCAGCUCGCCGAGAUGAUCUUCAAGAGCCUGACCACUGAGACAGGCAACCCACCACGUUCGGCCAUCUCCAAGUCUUCCUCUGGCAGCACCGCCUUCAUGCCAAGCGCCGUGUCCAAGGUCAAUCAGGGCCUUCAGCGACCCAAGAGCAACCUUUCCCGCAAGAGUUUUACACGAUCCCGUGACAGCCUUUUGCAAUUCAAUGACAACAUCUCGUACUCAGGUAGCACCUUGGCUCAUGCUACGAGCGCAUUCAGGAGGUCGAUAAUGGACUUUGAAAAGCUCGCACACAAGAACGAGUUUGCUGGUUUCUACGAGAACGUUUACGGCAAGAACUGCAACCUGGUCUUGGCUUACGUGGUGGAGGCGUAUGCUGACCUGGGUAUAAACCUGGCUACCAUGCGACCUGGCACCGAGAUCCCCGAGCUUAAUGUCCCUCACAAGCACCAUCAGAUGCGUGAGGUCCUCAAGGGUGUGCUGGUGGAUGGAGGUCUUGCCAUCUCCGAUCGCGUCUGCCUCAUCCGAACUGAGAAGCCCGUCGAUCCCACCCGCUCUAGCAUGCUCUUUGAAGACAUCCUCCGCGAGUUCCCCCAACACACCAAGGAGCACAUGCUACUGAACAUUACCGGCGCUGAGCUAGCUCAGCUCAUUACUGGUGCCAAAGACCCUCUGGCUGUGCUGUUCGGAUCCAAGGCCAACAGACAGAUCCUUGAGGACGUCUACAGCACCAGUCCCAUGUACGUCGUCAUGUCGCAGCUCCUUACCCAGUUCCUCGAGUCAACUCUGAGCGCUGCCAUGGCUUCCAUUGCCGGAAGCGGCAAGCGCUUCCGCAUCCUAGAGGUCGGAGCCGGCACCGGUGCCACGACGCGCUGGGUCGUAGGUCGCCUAGUCCAGAUGGGUAUUCCCGUUGAGUAUACUUUUACAGACAUUUCGUCCUCUCUGGUCCAAACGGCCAAGAGAAAGUUUGCCCACUACGAUUGCAUGAAGUACACUACUCUGGAUAUCGAGAGACAGCCCCCUGUUGAGCACCUGGGCCAGUACGACAUUGUCCUCGCCACGAACUGCAUCCACGCCACCAGCGACUUGCGCAACUCGUUGAAGAACAUUAACCAGCUGCUCAAGCCUGAGGGUUUCGUGGCCAUGGUCGAGUUUACCACGCGCAUGCCCUGGUUCGACCUGGUCUUUGGUCUGCUCGAGGGUUGGUGGCUAUUCCAGGACGGACGCGACUACGUGUUGGCUGAGCCGCAGUUCUGGGAGGAGUGUAUGCUCGAUGUUGGCUUCAACAAGGUCAUGUGGAGCGGUGGAAGCUCGAAAGAGUCCAAUGUGGUUCGGGUUAUUACUGGUUUCAAGAAUGCAUAG